UUCCCCUGGGUAUGACAGCUUGCAGCAAAACAUCCCAGUUUCACAAAGGAUCCCAGCUUACCAAAGCCUCUGUUUCUGUCUGUUUCCUGUCGUCGCUUCCCCAGUUAAAAUGAAGCACAUCAAUUUGUCCUUUGCCGCCUGUGGGUUCCUGGGCAUCUACCACUUGGGGGCAGCGUCUGCCCUCUGCAAGCACGGCAGGAAGCUGCUGAAGGACGUGAAGGCCUUCGCGGGCGCCUCCGCGGGCUCCUUGGUGGCCACGGUCCUGCUCACGGCACCGCAGAAAUUAGAGGAAUGUAAAGCGUUCACCUACACGUUGGCCGAAGAAAUCCGCGGGCAGUCCUUCGGGACCGUGACUCCCGGCUACGACUUCAUGGCCCGACUCAGGUGUGGGAUGGAGACCAUCCUCCCCGCCAACGCCCACCAGCUGGCCCACCGCCGCCUGCACGUGUCCAUCACCAACACCAGCACCAGGCAGAACUACUUGGUGUCCAGCUUCAGCUCCCGGGAGGACCUCAUCAAGGUGCUGCUGGCCAGCAGUUUUGUGCCCAUCUACGCGGGACUGAAACCGGUGGAGUACAAAGGGCAGAAGUGGGUGGACGGUGGCCUCACCGACAGCCUGCCCAUCCUGCCCGUGGGCCGAACAGUGACCGUCUCCCCCUUCAGCGGACGCCUGGACAUCUCCCCACGGGACAAGGGGCAGCUGGACGUGUACAUGAACAUCUCCAACCAGGACCUCGUGCUCUCCCUGGCGAACCUGGUGAGGCUGAACCAAGCCCUGUUCCCGCCCAGCCAGAAGGGGAUGCGGUCGCUGUUCCGCCGCGGCUUCCAGGACGCCGUGCUCUUCCUGCACAGAGAAAACUGGUUCGAGGAGGACGAGGAGAACCGCUGACGGCCUCGCGGGCAGCUGUCCGUGGAGGCUGCGAAUUAAACCUUUGUCUUUCUUUUUUCCCCCCUCUAAACCUUGCGCGACUCCGCUGCUUCUUUUCUUCCCCCACUUGUUCCCGCGCUGCUGGUAACUGGGUUUGAUCCCGAGUCUCUGCGUCUCUGUCUGCCCUGUCUGUGUGGGCGCCUGUGGACAUUUGCCUGUGGAUGGAGUCCUCUGUCUCUGUGGGUCAUCAGCUCGGUCUACAUCUGUCCCUGCCCGAAGCUGCGACUGUCCCCAUCCACAGGUCUAUGUCAUCCGUCCACCCUGUCUCCGUGGUUAUGGCACAUCUUGACGUUUUCAUCCUCAUGUGUCCUGUCAAUCACCAUCACUUGUCACUUCUCAUCCCGUUGAUCUUCAAUUUGCUUGAGUGGGCGCCAGUAACGUCUCUAUUUGUCCCUGUCACGUGCGAGUGUAGCCCAAUGGUAUCUGCUUGCUCCAGCAAUAGGAAGAGCCUCAAAGCAUUCAUUCAGGGUUUUGACGAAGAAGUCUGACCAUCUCACUGGUGGGCGGCCACGUGGUCUUCUGACGUCCCGUGAAAUCCAGUCAGUAACAGCUCUAGCCCAGUGGUCGUCUCUGAAUCGCAACAGUGUCCGGCCCAUCUGAUUUUUGACGCCUUGGCAAACGAGACAGCGUCCCUGAUUCUUGACCGUCAACGGAGGUCGGAACUCCGGAUUCCUUCUUUCACUUGAGUGAGACGUGAUACUCCCAGCAUAGCUCUUUCCAUUCCUCUUUGGGAGACCCGAAUAGCGUUCUCAUCCUGUUUGCUCAGGGCCCAGGUCUCUGAGGCGUAUGUUAGUGCAGGAAGAAUGGUGGAGUCAAAAAGAUGUGCCUGGAGCCGGAGGUUCUUCGUCCUCUUAACCACUUCUUCGACGCUCUUGAAGGCAUUCCACGCUGCUCUCUUCCUCCUGCACAGUUCUGGUGCCAAGUCGUUCCUCAUGUUGAGUUCUCAACCCAGGUACACAUAGCUGCUGCAUUCAGAGAUGUUCAUUCCAUUGAGAGCAAACGGAACGUCAGGGACUAGUUUGCUUUUCAUGAGCGUUGUUCUGGUGAGAUUCAACUGCAGUCCAACCUUUCCACACUCGCAGUCGAAGUUGGCCAGCAUUUGUGCCGCUUGGCUAAUGUUUGGUGUUAUGAGAACGAUGUCAUCAGUGAAGCGGAGGUGGUGUAAUUGCUGACCAUCUAUCUUCACUCCCAUUCCUUCCCAUUCCAGUCAUUGCAUGACAUUCUUGAGGGUGGCACUGAAGAGUUUUGGUGAAAUGGUAUCACCCCGCCGAACCCCUCUCUUUACGUCAAUGAUUGCUUCCUUGUAGAAAGGUGAGAUCCUGGUGGUGAAUCCGAAAUAGAGCUCAAGGAAGAUCUUGAUGUACUGUGUUUGAACGCCCUGUUUGGCUAUGGUUUCGAUGACUGCUUCAGUCUCAACAGAAUCAAAGGCCUUUUUUAAAUCAAUGAACGUUAGACAGAGUGGCAUCUUGAACUGUCACGAAACUUCAAUGAGCUUGGUCACCGUGUGGAUAUGGUCGAUUGUGCUGAAUCCUUUUCGGAACCCGGCUUACUCACCUGGUUGUCCUUAGUCUAGUGUUCUGCCUAUUCUAUUCAGGAUGACUCGAGUGAACAACUUGUAGACGACAGACAGCAGGCAGAUUGGGCAAUCACCGUCAUGGGAUAAAAAUCACCGAUGUUUAUCCCAUGUCACUGUUUGUGUUAUAUCAUGUAUAUGUCAGAUCGAUGUGUUUAUGUGUUUGUGACAGACCAUUUAUAUCUGUGUCCUAUUGAUCACUGUCUGCAUCGAUGUUGACACCGUGUCACCAUCCAUGUGUCCUAUCACUGCGAUUAUGUCACACCUCCAUGCCUGUGUUACGUCUGCCACCAUCUGUAUCUGCGUCAUAUCUGCCACCGUCUCAUCGAUGCUUAUGCCAUGUCACCAUCUCUGUGUCAUGCCAUCUGUUUCAGCUAUAUACUAUGUCAUAUCUGUUUAUGUCGUAUCUGUCACCAUUUAUGACUAUCAUAUCGCCUCUGCGUUUAUGUGGGUGUCAUGCUUGUCACUACCUAUUCUCCAGGCCACUGUCUUCAUCAUCAGUACAUCAGUCCUGUCUGUCACCAUCUAGAUCUAGUCCCGUCCCCAUCUCCAUGUUCAUGUCACAAUAUGUUACCGCUGCACGUUUACAUCAUCUCUGUCAGCAUGCAUGUCUCUGCCAUGCCCGUCACCAUGCAGAGGUCAUAUCUGCCACUCUGUGGUGUCUGUCACCACCCAUAUGUGUAUCUGUGACCUCUCACGUCACACGCUUGUGCAUGUUUCUGUCACCAUCUCCAGGCUAGUAUCAUCUCUCUGCCGUAUCUAAUGUUUCUGUCAUAUCAUAUAUCAUGCCUGUCGCCAUUUUCUCUACAUCUGUAUCCCAUCACCGUCUACAUGUGUAUUGAGGUUUCUGUUCAUACCCAUCACCGUCUCUAUGUUUGUCAUCUGUAUAUUGUGUCGCUCGGUAUCUGUUUGUUGUAUCUGCAUGUUAUGUCAUCCAUAUGUCUAUCUCUGUUGAUGUCAUCCAUAUGUCAUGUGUUUAUAGCACCUGUAUCUGCUUAUGUCAUCUGCAUGCCAUAUGUCUCUGGUUAUGUCAUCCGUAUGCCGUAUCUCUAUGUUUAUGUCAUCUGUAUGUCACAUCUCUAUGUUUAUGUCACCUGUAUAUAUCUGUAUGUUUAUGGCAUCUGUAUGUCAUUUCUCUAUGUUUAUGUCACCUGUAUAUAUCUGUAUGUUUAUGGCAUCUGUAUGUUGCAUCUCUAUGUUUAUGUCACCUUAUGUUGUAUCUCUCUUUAUGUCAUCUGUAUGUCAUAUCUCUAUGUCAUCUGUAUGUAUCUGUAUGUUUAUGGCUUCUAUAUGUGUCUGCGUGCUUAUGUCAUUUGUAUGUCACAUCUCUCUGUUUAUGUCAUUAUGUUGUAUCUCUAUGUUUAUGUCACCUGUGUGUAUCUGUAUGUUUGUGGUAUCUGUAUGUUGUAUCUCUCUUUAUGUCAUCUGUAUGUCGUAUCUCUGUUGAUUUCAUUUGUAUGCCAUAUGUUUGUCAUCUGUUUGUAUCUAUAUGUUUAUGACAUCUGUAUGUUGUAUCUCUCUUGAUGUCAUCUGUACGUUGUAUCUCUGAUGUCAUCUGUAUGUUGUAUCACUGUUGAUGUCAUCCAUAAUUCCAUAUCUGUAUGUUUAUGGCUAUCUGUGUGUAUCUGUAUGUUUAUGGCAUCUGUGUGUAUCUGUAUGUUUAUGGCUAUCUGUGUGUAUCUGUAUGUUUAUGGCUAUCUGUGUGUAUCUGUGUGUUUAUGGCUAUAUGUGUGUAUGUGUAUGUUUAUGGCAUCUGUGUGUAUCUGUGUGUUUAUGGCAUCUGUAUGUUGCAUCAUGUGUUUAUAUCCUCAGCAUGCUGCAUCUCUAUACUUACAUGUUGUAUGUCUGUGUCAUCUGUGCAUCACAUCUGUGUGUUCUGUUCUCUGUAUGUCAUGUCUCUGUGAUCACGUCACUGCCUGUAUCUCAUCCCGGUCCCUGUCCCUAUCUGCAUCUCUGUCCCAUCUAUUUCUGUUCCCCUCUCUCUGAGUCUCACUCCCUCUCUGCCUCUGCAGCUGUCUCAUCUCUCUCUUUCGGGUCAAUCCAUCAGCCUGGGGGUCCCCAAACAUCCUUGGCCCACUGCCACCUUUUCAAAACAAGCACGUCGGCUGGAGAGAUGUCUUGCGGGGGGCAGGCGCUUGCCUGGCACUCGGCUGGGCCAGGUUUGAUCCCGAGCACUGCUUACGGCUCCCAGCCCCACCCGGAGUGAUCCCCGAGCACGGUUCCCUGAGAACCAUGAGCCCCUCCCCUCAAGAGAAAAAUUACUCAUCACCCCUUUGGAAAUCCGCCUGCUUUAGGGGAACGCAGCGUUGCACCAGAGACUCGUACCAACCCCCCCUCUGCCGUCCUGACACCCCCACGCCGCCGUCUCCCCCACUGUGGGAAUCACGGCGCUGACCCCAUUAGAAUUCGACCCAGAAUGACUCCUCCCCGGCCCCCGCCCGCCUCCGUGCGGAGCGUGGCGCGCCAGCCUAGCGCCGCGUGCGAGUGAUUGUCCCCUCGCGUGGGAGGGCGUGUGUGGGUUUCUCCCAAUUCUCGGCGUCUCUCGUCUCCAAUCCGCGGUGUAUUUUAUGAGGCUUCACCAAGCAUGAACCCUUAAUUACUAAGAGGCACUUAGAGACGAGCCCAUUUAAUUGCACGUCUGUAAUUGUUCCUCUCGCCAGCCGCAGCCCUUCUCUAAAUCACCGUUAUGGUUCUCCUGAGCCCCAGACAACGCGGCUUUCAGCACGUAAACCCCAGCUCCUGCCUCUCCCACGUUUGCAGGGGCGCGGGGACAAUUGGGGGAGGUAGGGAGUGGGGAGCACGGUGCUCUCUGGGCUCUGCCGUCCCCUGCGCCCCCCCCCCGAAGGCCAGGGCAUGCUGUGCUGCCGUGCCCGGUCAGCAACGUCGACAGACCCUCCCCGCAAUCCCACCUCUGCGCCUCCACUCUGGAAAAUCUCGUCAUGUGAGUGAAAGACCAAUCUGUCCGAUUAAGAGACUCAGAGCUGCGUUUCAGACACGCGGCGUGGCAGCCCUGACCCCCACCCCUCCACCUGCGGGGGAUGGGGGGGUCUCACGUUCCUGUCCUCCCCGCCCCAGCCUACCCCCGGGACAGGCACAGUUGUGCGUUGGGGGCUGCAGUUCCCGCCUCCUGCUGUGGCCGUUGGACCCUGGCUGGCGGGGGUCCUCGGCUGUAGCUCUCUGCUCUAGCCCUGAUACGCUCCACUCCCCCGCACCCCUGCCCCCUGCUGCUUGCUAUCUUUCUCCCCACGCCCCAGCUGCUUUUCUCCUCUGCUCCUCUUCUCUUCCCGGUACUCUGAGGUUGAGGGCGGCCCUCAGCAUCCCCCUUCACCGUGUCAAAUUUCCUGGUUCAUUUGCUCUAGACACUUCCCGUGCCUGUCUUCCCCCUCCCUCACCUCGCUCAACGCGGCAUUGCCCAGUUCCCAUCAGCCUGCAGCGAAGAGCCCCGGUUCCGCCGUGCCUUGCCGCUGCUGCAUAGUAUUCCACGGUGCCUGGACAUCACAGC